GGCCUGCGGGCGCGGGCUGCGGUCGAUAGUAGGGGAAAGCGGGCUCUGGUACGGUGCAGAUACCGUGAGGUUGGCUUGGUUUCGGGAGGGAGGCGGUCGUGGCUGCCUGCGGGAGGAGCUGCGUGGAUCGCUUCUGAGAAGGCCCCUUGUGCGCCAUGGAGCUGCAGGAGGACCGUGCUGAAGGCAACCAGCAGCGCGGCUCCCUGCUCUGCCCUCGUCCGCUGGAAGCCCAGCAAAGCACCAGCGGGGGCCUUGCAGCGUUAUCGGAGGAAAGCUUGCCUUACCUGAGUACGUCUUUAGAUGCUGCUAUUGACGUGUAUGACGUGAGAGGGAGAACCUGCAGCGCCGAGGCAGAUGAAAGCCAGAAAGAAGCUGGCGUGCUGAGGACGGCGUGUGCUGGUGGUACGUGGUGCAGCUGCGGGGUUUGUGAUGCUGGGAGUCACCUCCGUGUGGGUGAAGAUUCACAGCUGGAGUACAUCAGUGCGAACGAGGAAGGCUUUGGUGAUGGGAAUAGCUCAAGCGAGCUGUCUGAGCAAAGGGAAGCUGUAGGAAAGGAAGCCCUGGUUCAUGAUCCAGUUCAUGACGUUGCAGGUGGCGGAGCUGCAAAAGAACAAAAUCUUUCUGACUCUACUUCUGAGUGUUGUACAGCUGUGCCAGAGCUUCCCCAGCUGCUCCAGGACUCUCUGCCUGUUGGCAGUGGCACGGUUUGUAGUAGUAAGGAGGAGCAGGGAGCAUCUCUUAGUGGUCUUACUGGAAGUGUGCUUGAAAGUCACGCAUACGGGAGUAGAGGGAGGAGUUAUCCAAAUCUGCUUGCACCCGACCGUGCAGAGGUGGAAGAUGCUUCCUUACGUGGUGGUGCACAGCCCAGACAGAACGACGGAUGUGUUCACAGCAACUUAGUGGAGCAAGGAAGCCCUUUACUGUCACCAAGGGAAAGGGCCCAAGCAACAGCCACACAGGUCUGCAAAAGUGCAGGAGACUCUGAUUUUUACAGUUGUGAGGAACCCCUCCUGUGCAUACGUGGUGCCAGCUGUGCUUACUGUGCUUCGAAGGGGGAUGAGAACCAGUGUCCAGUCCCUGCAGUUCUCACUAGCAAAGAUCUCAGUUCUGGGGAGGAAGCUGCAGGGAAAUCUUGCAGUGCAAAUACCUCUGCCUCCCUCAACUGGGAGUGUUGUGAAAGCUUGGUAAAUGUGGUCAGUAAUUCUAAAGUUAACCAGGCUGUCGACGCAAGUUCUGAUUUUAGAGUUUGCUUUACAACCAGCAGAAGUACCAGUGCUCAAGUUCCUCUCUUAUCCAGGGCAAUUAAUACAGAGAUCACAGUGAUGAACAAAUUCAGACGUGUGGGUUGGCUUGGGGAAACUUGUACCAGUGUUGCUCGCAGUACAGACUGGCUGUCUGGGACUGGUCCUACAGAGGAAAUGGGGUCACAGCUUGCUGAUGUGCACCAGGAUGGCAGUGCUGCAGCAAAUGAAAGAAGUUCACAAGUCAAGGAACAGUGGGAAUCCAAAACUGAGUUGUGUAACAGCAGUGUAAAGAUAAAGGCUGACAGGCCAGCACACCUCAACAAAGAAGCUGUGAAGGAUUCUGUGUCUGUCUGUCAAAAUCUACUGCAGAGAGCUAUUGAAGCAGAAUUGCAGGUUCUAAACGCUCACUACCAGAUGUGCUAUCAGCACUGCUUGAAGAUCCACAAACUGGCUUUGGAGGAAAAUGCAUGUUUUAGCAGAUACCACGGAAAUACCUCUGCUAAUACUGAAUCAGGUUCCUCUGUCACAUCAGUUUUGGAAGAGCUAAAGAAGAAUUACAACAGUAUGAGAGCAAAAAUACAAGCGGGCACACCUUUGAGCACACUUCCACCACUGUCAGUUGAGAUCAAGUUAUUGCCAAUUGCUUCUUCCUAUGUCCCAUGCAAGUUAUUCAGGGAGGAACUUUGCCCUGGUUCUGUUUCAGACAUGAGAAAAGCAGGUUUUGAAGCUUCACCAUUGCAAGAAAUCAGAACUCCUGUUAACAUGGAGAGUGCACAGCCCACAUGUUUAACUGACGGCCAGCAGCCCAGUGACUCUGCUUCUUCCAAGAUGUCCCAAGAGCAGCUUGAAAAGCAGGGCGUGCAGCACGGACGUGUGAGAAACAAAGAGCGGAAUGAAUGUUGGUUUGAUGCUAAGGAGGACUUCACAGGAACAGACUUUUCAGGAGAGUCUGAAGGAGUGGGGAAGUGCCAAGAGAAGCAAGACACGGUUGGUUUGAGAGAAGCAAAGAUAACGGAGGGUGCAAAUGAGUGCUCCUUUGUUUGUGUUGGUGGCUUGAGUUCUUCAGUGUCAGAGGGUGACCUGAGAUUGCAUUUCCAGAAGUACCAGAUCUCUGUCCUGCUCUGUGGAGAUUCUGAUAACCACAGGUGUGCAGUUCUUGGCUUUAAAGACGCCUCUACAGCAAAGUUGGCAGUGGAAGAAAUGAACAAGACAAAAAUUAAAGGAAAACCAAUAAGUGUGGAGCUUGUCAACAAUCCAUCGGAGAACAGAUCUUCGGCUUCCCGAAUCCUUGGGAAGAAGCUUUGGAGUGAAGCUCUCUCUGUUGCUAGCAGUGCAAGCUGUGAUCAGAAUGAAACACUGCCAUCAGCCCCUGGUUCUGUGGGAGCUCCUGGCACCUCCCCUGCUUCUCUGAAGGUGCCUCUCCUGCCCAGGGCUUCUUCGCCAGCUCCUUGCUCUACACAGUUGCCUUCAGAAGCAAAGUGCCCCAAAUCCUCUGCUGAAGACUCCAUACGUUUUCUGUUUGCAGUUGAUCAGAAGGAUGCUGGAGAGAAUUCCCUGCCAAGAGCACCUGCUGCGCUUCUCUCCGCUAACUCAUCAGAAGCCUUUAUGUCUCCUAAUGCAUUGAACAUGAGCAGUUUUGCCAAAUUAAUGAAGAAACUUAAAGCCAUUCAUCCAGAAGCUAGUAGAGACACAAUCGUGGAUGCUCUGCUGGAGGUGAGGAAGAACAAUAAUGGUGUCCUGAGUGGUUUGACCAUCAGCUCCAUUACGCAGAGGGCCUCUGCAAUCCUAAGGAAAGCAACGGCUGCUGGUACAGGGAAAGUAGUGUCAAUCAAGCGAUUCCCGAGGAGCCGCGGCUGGGCUGCAGGUGGAGCUGUUCGAACUCGUUUGAUUUCUGAGAAACGAGCACCGAGGACGGGCGCGAUCGCGCGGCAGCUCCCGGCGAGGCGGCAGCCGGGCCCCUCGCUGCCGGCCAUGGCCCUGCUGCCGCGCCGCUUCCUCUGCUUCGUGCUGGCCCAUCACUUCAUCGCGGCGACGGCGUGCCAUGAGGCCGAGUACGGCAGGCAGAUCCGCGAGCGCUGCCUGCGACCCUUCAAGCUCAGCAUGGAGGGCAUCGGGCAGCAGCUGUGGUGCGACUGGGAUGAGACCAUGGGCACCUACGGGGAGCUGACGAACUGCACGGUCGCGGUGGCUGAGAACCUCACUUGCUACUGGCCCAACCGCUUGGUGGAUGAGUUCUUCGUCGCCGUCCACAGCCACUACUUCAGGAACUGCUCCCCAUCCGGCCGGGCGCUGCGUGAUCCCCCCAACGGCAUCCUCUGCCCCUUCAUCCUGGUGCCCAUCCUCGUCACCCUGCUGGUGACAGCGCUGGUGGUGUGGCGGAGCAAACGCAGCGAGGGCAUCGUUUAGAGAUGGUUUGUAGGGGAGAACCUGGCCAAGGAGCAUCCUUGGGUGCUGAGCCCCAUUGGUGCCGCUGCGUCCCCUGCUGGCCCCUUCCCAGGUGGUGGCUUCCAAUUAAAUCCAUCCUUAACAACCUGGGGAUGCUGGUGGCAUUGAGGAUGCUGCUCGCUGGGUAAUGGGAGAGUGCCACAGCUCUGCUCAGACCUUCCCUGCUUCCCUCCCGGCAGCCUACAGCAUCCACUGGGGGGAAAAAAGGAAAAAAUGGAAAAAUGGGGGGAAAAAAAACAAGGCAGGGGUCCGUGUCCUGCCUCUGGUGCCAGCACAGCACUGGGACGUGCCAUAACCACAAGGACAACGGGUCAGGGCACAGCCUGGAUGAUAAAGCCUUCACUUUUUAUCCUUUUUUUGUUGUUUUACCCUUUGUAUCGGCAGGAAAAGCACCUUCUCCCCCUGCCCACCUGCAGACAGGCUCCAACUACAGGUGGAGAGAUGGGUGAUGGUCACUGCUUCAUACUGGCAGGUGAUACCAGUAGCGGCACUGAUGGCCUUGGAGGUGCCCCAGGGCCAGUGAACAAUGGGAAUUAGGUGCUUUUCCUAAUUAAAUAAAUACAUGCAGAAGUAAA